CGACAGCAGUCUGAAGGAAACUCCUCCCUGCUGACAACACGCCGCUCGCAGCGCAAUGGUCUCCUGGAUUAUUUCUAGGCUUGUGGUGCUCAUAUUUGGUACCCUUUACCCGGCAUACUCCUCAUAUAAAGCUGUUAAAUCAAAAGAUGUGAGAGAAUAUGUGAAAUGGAUGAUGUACUGGAUAAUAUUUGCACUUUUUACUACAGUUGAAGUGAUUACUGACAUCUUUCUGUGCUGGCUCCCAUUCUACUAUGAGCUCAAAAUUGCCUUUGUCGUGUGGUUACUUUCCCCGUACACAAAGGGAUCCAGUGUGCUGUAUAGAAAAUUUGUCCACCCUACACUGUCCUCUAAGGAGAAGGACAUCGAUGAAUACCUUUGCCAAGCAAAAGAUAAAAGCUAUGACACCCUGGUGCAUUUUGGAAGGAGAGGCCUGAAUGUGGCAGCAACAGCCGCAGUAAUGGCUGCCGCCAAGGGUCAAGGCGUUCUCUCCGAGCGACUUCGCAGUUUCAGCAUGCAGGACCUGUCAUCUUUCCAGGCAGAGGGCCAGGCUAAGAAUGCAAGUUCUGUAACCACUCAACCUGCAGACACGCAGCACAGGACACGCACCAUGAUGCGCAGCAAAUCAGAGGCCGGUUACAGCAAGGGCCAUGAUUUUGACAUGACCGAAUAUGAGAUGUUGAACGUGGAGCCUCCUGGCCCGCUGACUCCCACACCCACCCCGACCCAAUCGCAGCCCGCUUCGCCUCAACCUGAUCCCACGACUCCACAGCUUUCCCCCCCUGAGUCCUUCGAGGAUAAAUCCGCACCCCCACCUGUAUCCUUAGAGGAGCCCCAGGAGAAGGAGGAAUUUGCCUCGUCUGCUUCACUCCAGUUCAGAUUUAAGAGGCGUGCCCCUGAGCCUCCUCCUAGAUCCCUAAGACCUUUCACCCGAUCCAGAUCAAAGAACGCCCUUUCUUCAGACCCCGAAGCCAUGUGACUUUGCAUAUGCUCCGAGAGCGCUUUAGCUGUCUAACCUGCAACACGAGGAGACGCAACAGGAGAAGGCAGAGGGGGGAAAAGGGAAUGCAGCCAAAAUGUUCAAAUAUUGAAAAGCAGCCUUGCUCUGUAAUGAGGUAACCAAAGCGAUGUGCAACCUUUCGCUUCUGAUCUUUGACACUCAUCUAUUUAGGCAACACAUCUGUGUACAUACUGCUGCUCUGAGACUCUUUUAGGGUUAUUGAACUUGUUUUGUACAUAUUUAUGAAAUGUUUGAGUGUUGAUUAUUUGUUUGAUUUCUUGGUAUGAUUUUGGGAGAAACAAACACAUGCAUGUCCCACUGGUCUUAUGUCUGGAGUCACCCAACCAUAAUUACUUAUUGUUUAUGAGCAUACUUUAUUUUUAUGGCGGCUGCACUCAUUUCCGCCCCAACUCAACAACUACUGGGAAGCAAAGCGUUUCCGAACCAAUCUUUCUUAGAACA